UGUUUCUCUAUCGAAAAAGAAACAACAACAGAAGUUUUCCUCUGUUCUGGUGAGGAAGCCCUAGUUCCCAAAUCCUGUCUGCCCCGCCGCCGAGUAUAAUGGAGGGAUCCUUCCCCGCCUCUUCCUUACACCCCCCCGCCGUAGCACCCGCCACCACCCGCUGUGCCCCAUGGGUUCUUCUUGACAGUAGGGCCUACUUUGCCGUCUGCAAGAACGCCACCACCGCUGAAGCCACCACCAGCACCGGUCACAUGGUCAAGGUCAGUUUCUGCCUCUCAGAUCCGCCGGCAAUCUCACACUUUUGCGUCUUUGGCCCCGAGUUGAAGCACGAAGAUUCCAUGAUGGAACCCCUGGUUCUCUUCUCGGCGAAGGACCUCGUACUCCUCCGCCUCGCCUUCACCGUCGGUCCACGAAGCACCCAUAAGGAUUCUCGUCUCGCCGAGUACUUUCUCUACAAGGCUGGUCGUGGCAAGCCGUCGCUCGAACCGAUCCCGGUUACUCCACCAGGCACCAGGAACUCGUUCCACAUCUGCGUCCUGCCGUCCGACGACGACGAUGGGGAAUUUGUCAUCGCGGAUCUCUGCAUGACAAAUCCCCGUUCGGACUACGAGCUUCAUGUCUUCUCUUCUAAGACUGGCAAGUGGACCACCAAGCAGUUGCGGUUACAGGCAUCUCCCGUAGUAAAGAAAGAAGACCUGCCUGGCCCAUCACUCGACAAGGUGAUUGCGCUUGGAGGAGGUGCUGUAGGCUGGAUCGACCUCUGGCGGGGUAUCAUCAGCUGCAACGUGUUUGACAACAACCCCGUUCUAAGUUUCACCCCAGUGCCCAUGCUUGAAGAAAACGAGCGACAUGAAGGUAACCCACGCCUGUUCAGGGACAUCACCUGCUCCAAUGGUGUCAUCAAGUUUGUAGAGUUGGAUCUUCGUUUCAAAAAGGUUGCUGUUCACAACAUCAAGACUCGCAAGACGACAAAGGAUCUUGACAGCGUAGAUAUCAUCCAUGAUUCAGAGCUGCUCUUCCACAAAGAUGAUUCAUGUACCGACCCUGUGGAAUGUACUCUUGUUGAUGAUGGUUGGAAGCUCCGGACAUGUUAUAGGCAUACUUCCUGGGACUAUUGGCGCAAGGGGCACACUGUUGAUAUUGAUGACAUCUUGGCUGACAAUACUGAUCACUCUAUGUUGCUCCCACAACUGUGGGAUGCUAAAGCUGGGAAAUCAACAUUGAGAAAUCUGUAUUCGGCUUACCCAACCCUGGGCAUUGACGGUGGCAACAUUGUUUACCUGAUGUCUAAGGUUGUUUAUAAUGAUGAGAAUGCAUGGAUGAUUGGUGUUGACCUUGAAAAGAAGGCAGUGGAAGUACUCGUACCAGUCUCUUCUGAGAGAGUCUGUUUAUUCAAGCCAGACUUCCUCCCCUGUACAUUCUCCAAAUAUCUUGAUGCAACUCCAAGGUCAUGUGCAGAGGAAGUCAUCCCUACUGCAAAUGUGGUUCAGAAAUCUCUACUUAAUGAUCAUGUUUCAUCAGGCAAUUUUUCUCUAAAUAAGCUGUCACCGCUGCAGGAUACACGGCAGUGCUAUGGGGGUUCGACUGAAUAUGCUGGUCCAUACGCAGGCUACCGCAACUAUCAGCAGCAUUUAACCGCAGGUACCCAACCGCUGUUGCAAGUGCUGAAUACUGACCCGUUUGCCCAACUAUGGCUGUCCUUGCGGCUGGAUGACCACCUGCUAUCACAGCUAACAGGUCGUGGUCCGGCGCCUCCGCCAUUCACUCCAUUCCCCACUGAGGAGUACAUAUCUGAUGGAAACCAUGUAUUCAGUGGAAGCACGGAAACUUGAUCCUGUGCCAUUGGAUGAGGAUUGUGCGAUUUGAGAUGAAAAGAUGGACGAAAUGCAGAAAGAACCUCGUAAUCUUCCUGUACCUCGGUACAACAUCCUUAUGGAAGAUGAGCCAUCGGUGCCUCUUCCUAUCCCGAUUCAAUUUUUCCCCAUCAACAGCUAGGGUUAGGAGAUGGUCGCCUCGGCCAGCACGACGCCCUCGUUCUGCGCAGGGCCGGCGGCCGGCGACCGCGUCUAGUUCAUUCUCUCCUACGGAGUAUCAGGCAUCGGGCGACCGCGGCUAAUUCGUUCUCUCCUCUCCGGCGGCUGGCCUACCGCGACAACCCAGCAGUACACCCCGGCGGCCGGCGGCCGGCGACCGGCAUGGCUAAUUCUUCUCCGGGCUUCUCUCCUCUCCGGCGGCUGGCCCAACACGCCAAUCAUUCUCUGAGCAUUCCCCAUCGGAUUGGUACAGGAUCUAAGUCUGAAGUAACUAUGGAAUGCCAGAGCGGAGUGAGCAAGGCUCCACCUUUGGCUAUUUGUGACGCCCAGUCUGAUGCAGAAUCUGCCGUCCACACUAGACCAAGUGCCGAAAUUGUAUUUACCGCACCACAAAAAUUGUAUAGUGCACCUUUCUGUGGCUCAUCUUGUACUCCGGAGUGUGAUGAUGACAUCAGGCCAGCCAUAGGGAUGACUUUUACGGAUUUGAAGGCAGCUAAGGAUUUUUGCACUUGGAGAUCAAUUAUGUAACCAAGUUCCGGCGAAAGAACAAACUCAAACAGAAAAAAUUGAGGAAUUCUUGGGUUGUUCAAUUCCAAAUGAGGUUGACAUUCAUCCUCCAAAUGAUAUUCGAUUGAGGGGUAGGAUCAAAAGACUUAAAGGAUACAUGGAUAAGGGUGGAAAGCAAAGCAAGAAAGAUAAGAAUGCGAACAAGAAUGAUAGCCGCACUUGUCCUAAAAAAGUGCAAGUACAUGAUUAAGGUUUGCUGGUGGCAGUAAAGACUUAUGAAGGUUUCAUAAACAAGGACUUCUGCAGGAUGUUUGGAGUCGUAGUGGUGCACUGAUACGUUCUUCAGCUUGUACUCGAGUUAUGUCCGAUGUAUAAACGUGAGGUUUACUAUGACUGUUAAUGGCUAAUGGGUUAGUGAUGUGUCUGUUGUAACAAAACACCCUAGCAUAAUGCGUUAACUACUGUACGUGCCUAUGUUGUAACUAAACUCCCUAGCAUAAUGCGGCUAUCAUGCCUUAACUACUGUACAUGUUUUUGAAGUGA